UCCGUCUUUCUGCUGCCCUUAUUCUUUGCCGGCCUCUCUCCUUCUCUCUCUCGGUGGUCGGUGCUAUAUCUCUUCUUCAACGCCGGCAAAUCUAAAAGCGAAGGCCAAAGACCUUGGAAUUGUUGGGGUACAUCAAAACCCGAAAAGUUAAAGCUGUCAUCUCAAUCGACCAGGGCUGCUUUUCAUGUUGUAAUUAGGAAAAGAUGACAACGGUAGAAUCUGGCACGAGUCGCCCUCGUAAAACAUCGCACGGUGGUAUUCCUUCCGCCGCCGAUGCAACAGCUAAAGUUCAUCAGAGCGCAAUUGGGUCGUUCAAAAGAUGGGGCAGGAGGCAUCCAUUUGUGAGAUAUGGGCUUCCCAUGAUUUCCCUCACAGUGUUCGGUGCUCUUGGCCUUGGUCAUCUCUUGCAGGGCAGCAAGGAUAUUGCUAAAGUAAAAGACGAUCAAGAAUGGGAGAUCAUUGAGACUAGGAAGGCACUAUCAAGAACGGGUCCUGUCAAUGCUUAUAACCCCAAAAAGAUUUCUUUGGAGCAGGAGCUACAGGCUGUCCAACAGAAAGUGAACAUAGAUGACUACGAGUACAAAAGAAUUCCAAAGCCAGAUGAAGGCAGAUCAGGCUAGCCUGAAGCUUUUCUACCCUGUGUCAGCCUCGCAAAGCAGUGGGACUUCGGACAUUGUUCUGGAUCCAGGUCCUUUGCACUUGCUGUUUGACUUGAGAGUGAAAUUAAGGGAUCCAACAUCAAAAUUUUGGCUCUGAGUGUUGUUAAUUAGCUGCUUCUAGUGAAAUGAUUUAUAGCUUCACCGGUCUGAAGAUUUUUAGCAGGUUGGUUGAAUCGUAGGUUGAACUAAAUUGAAGCUUUGGCAGUUGUUCAGCAGUUUUUCUUGGAGCAAUACUGGCAAAUACUAAGUGCUUUAUUUUUUUGUGUUAUCUUGUCAUGUGUGCUGAACCUCUGCCUGGACCAUAUGAGGCAUUAGGCACUGAGGCUCCAAAUCACAUACUGAACAAUGUUAAAAUGCCAGAUUUAACAGCAAGAACAAACAAAACAAUUGAGAGGUUUUAAACUUAUAUAUAAUUCAGGUGAAAAGAUUCACCUACACCAUUCUCCUCAAUUACAGGCUUUUUUAUACCUCCAAUUCUUCUGCCCCCGCCAUUACUCUCCUAUUUACACCCCCCAACAACAAACAUCAAAAAGUCAUAAAAAACCCUAACCCUGCUCUUCCCCUUUCCUUCUCCCCAACCCCCAUCUCAUAUACUUUCUUUGCCACUCUUCCCAGUCGUUAUUCAUUUACACAAAAUGAGCAACUAAACCCAAAAAUUCAGAAAUGAAAGAAAAGAAGACCCAACUCAGACUUUCUACCAAUGGUAUUCCAAACAAAAUGUAGAAAGCCACAUUUAGGCAUUGCAAGAGUGGCUCGUACUAAUGAAGCCCUGACCCAUCACCUUGGUUUUGGUUGUGACCCAAUUGACCAUAACGGUUGGACGAGCCUCUGAGUAGGGCUCCCCAUAAACGUUGCCCGAGAUCGAGUCAGCAUCUCUGUCAUCGAAGGUGUUUGAUAUGACUGAGCAAGGCUUGAUCCGCCGCCUGUUGAGUCUCCCCUCGCUGUUGCUCUUUGCCACGAAUGUGAGCUCAGCCCCGACAGUAUGUAUGCUCUACCUGAGGACUCGUACACAUUCCUACUCGCCAUCCUCUCUUGCAUCUCCUUCAUCUCGGCAUCUAGUGCAACACACAACCGGUCAUUCGAUCUGCCCGACAUGGUUUCCCACAGCUCCUUCCGACAAUUCUCAAGGAUGGAAGCUGCACCAGUUAGGUUCCCUUGCUCAGCUGCAGUUCUUGCCUGUGACAUUGCCUCUGCCGCCUUCAACCUAUUACGCUGCCUGUCCACUUCUACUGAAACUGCUAAUUCCUCAGCUACUUCAGGUCUCUGGAGUAUAAUUUCUUCACUUUCCACUAUGCCCAUUUCUUUAGUUAGUGGGUCCCUGAAGGCGCAUUUCACUGUGAGCAAUGAUGUUGAACCUUUUGAAGGUUCUGCUGGUGGAACAUUGAGUGAAAUGAGAAAAUUCCUCUCUUCGUCUGCAUACAAAUCUCCAACAUCAAUGAACCCCAUACGUCCAUCAGCUGAUAUCCGACUUGGGUAACUUCCAGCUUUCAACGACCGCAAGUUGAUGCUAGGGUUCGCACAUUCAACACCCACCUGCAGCUCCUGCACCACAACACUCAAGAGGCCUCCAAUACACUGUGCGAAAGCAUCCUGGAUAAUGGCUUCCGUCUCAAUAAAGGAAAAUGUACCACCCGAAAUUUCAGAAAUCGAAUGCAUCGAUGAAGCAUCGUGAUCCGCUCCAAACCCAAAUGCAUGCACUGGAAUCUUCAAUCCCGCGGUCCCACCACCACCAUCAAUAGUAGAAAGAGGAAGUAGCAAUUGGUAAUUCGGUUGUUCAGGAUGCUGGUUAGUACCACUACUGACGGUAUAAGUAUCCUGUCCAUCAGACAACAAUAUUAUGCUUGAAACUGAAUUCUUAUCCUUCCUUUCUUCCAUCACUUUGGCUCCCUUUCUCAGGCCUUCGGCUAUAUUGGUCCCACCAUUGGCUAUCAACGAGUUGACAGCUUGAAGCGCCUGCUGCCGGCCUGCAUCAGACAUUCGCCUCAAGGAGAAGAGGCGUCGAGCUGUGGAUGAGAAGGCAAUAACAGAGAGCCGGUCAUUGGAGCCAAGGUUCUGUAUCACAAAUCCCAUAGCACGUUUUAGCAAUGCCAGCUUUGUUCCUGCCAUGCUACCACUGAUGUCGAGAACUGUGACCAGGUCAACUGGAGCUCGAGGAGUUUGAGAAAGUUGAGGAAAGCUGCUAGUCUGGUUUCUUAUCAUGGCAGCAACAGCAGCAGCUUUAAGAUUGACAAGGACAGUGAAGUUCUCAUAAGAAUUGGAACGUGAUGCUGCUGUAACUUCAGGAUGUACAUUGAUGUCAAUUGCUCUACCAGAACUGCAACCGGCACCAUUUUCAUAUCCUGGCUGGAUGUCCAAAGUUUCAUCGUCGUUAAAUACGACAGGUUCGGCAACCUGAAGUAAUGGUACAAUGUGCCUUCUACUCGGGUCCCUACGAGGGGGAGGUAAGCGACGCACCACAGUCAUCAAAGCAUCAUUGUUAGGCCAGCCUACAGCAUUGAUUGAGACAGCUCUCCCAAGCGGAGGAUCUAAAUCGGGAGCCUGCAAGGGUAUUUCUUUCCAUUUUGCUCUGCAGACGGGACAAAUCUGAUUGCCGUGCUUCACAUUGGAAACAAUGCAAUGGAAAUGGAACGAAUGUGAGCACUCCGCUGUGAAAAUCGCAUGGCCACCUCCUUGUUUCAUCUUGGUCAGGCAGAUUGAGCAGAUUUGCUGAAAGACUUGCUCCCAGUUCUGGGCAGCUUCAAACCAUGAGAAGAUGGAACUGGAGUCAUUGGCCUAACAUCCCAACUUGUAGGCGAAAGCAGAGCAACAUCUGAUACCCUCUCCGUUGAAGUUGCUGCUGGCGAGUCGUCGUCCAGCGUCCUUGGCACGUACACACAAAGAUUCAGACCCAAAGCCAGCUUUGCUUUUCUCCAUCUACUACUCCCCAUUUCUUAUUUUUUUUUCUAUUUUGGCUGUGGUUUCUUGUCACUCGACUUAAGUAAUAGUGACAAAGAUUCGUUCUUUCAGGGAUUCAAGAACCGCAGAAGGGAUACCCAGAAAAACCCCUCAAUUUUAACAAUCAACUCGGACAAAAGAUUCAAGAACAUAAAAAAGUAAGCGGAGGUGAAGGAAAACAGAGAGAGGUGGGAGGGCGAAGACCAAGAAAAGUAAAGAAACAGAUCUCAAAGUGCUGCUUUUUGAUAGGAGUCAAGCUGCUUUCUCUCCAAUAUUUGUAAAUAAUAUUGAUCUGUGUCCUUCUUGGAAUGUGAGAGAUGAGAGAGAGAUAAUGGAGAGUAAUGGACUAACUAAUGGGGUUCUUGAGGCAAAAAAGUCGAAAUGGGCACACACACGAAACCCCAAAAAAGAGAGUGUAGAGGUUGAAAAAAGGGUAAGUAAUAAGCUGGGGAGUUACGGGUUUAUUGUAACUUGGCCAAAAUGAGCAUCAAAAUGAGAGCUUGUGAUAAAAGAGAGGCCAACCCAAGUUCAACAAAAGAAGCAGGGGAGGUUUGUCAAAGAAGGGAAACAGAGGAGGCUACUGCUGAGAGUGAGAAAGAUUUGAUGAGGAAGAAGAAGAAGAAGCUUAGAAGAUGGCGGGUUGAGAUUUCUGAAGUUGUAGUUGUCUGUGUCUCGUUGUUUAGGGAGUUGAGCUUGACCGCCAUUGAAUAGAAUAGAAGGAGAGUCAGAGAUAGAUUUGAUUUUUUAAGAAUUGCUGAUUUUGACCUUGCGCCUCUGUUUUUGUAGCUGUUUGUUUGGGUCGUGGU